GCAAUAAACCGGAUGUGUGAAAACGAGAUCAUGUAACAAAGUGAGACUACCUUGCUGGACGUAGCGUUAAUACAUUCAACAUUGCAGUGUGUCAAACAUGUGGUUGAAUUUAAAGAUUUUGGAAAUUAGAUUGGAGCAAAGAGACUUAAUUAUAAAAUCGUGAAAAAGAGCAAAAAAGGAAAGGUAUACGAUUUGUUCUUCAGUGUAAAAAGCAUCGAUUUGGAAUUUAAUGAACAUUGAUUAAACAACGAGGACGUUCUUUGCGUAAUUGUUGCGUAAUUGAAACAGCUCAAACGACUAAGAGUCGUCAAACUACCGAUAUUACGAAAAUGACCGGACAACUUAGAGAUUCAGACAAGACUCAGUUAGAGCAGUGGAUAAAUCAGGGUCCAAAGAAUUUUACUCUACUGUUUCGUGCGACAAGUGAUGGUUGUUCAUCUCAGAUAUUUCACCAGAAAUGCGACUACCAGGGCGCCACUAUCACUGUGGCAUACAAUCAACAGGGUUCUGUGUUCGGUGGCUACACUUCUGCGAGUUGGGCUGCAAGCGUUGCUAGCCAUAUUCGGGAUGACAGGGCUUUCUUGUUUCAGCUGAAAUAUUCAGGCUCUGACACACGAAGAAAAUUUCCUGUUUCAAAUACUGCCUACAGCAUUUAUUCACACGCAAGUUAUGGCCCUAUUUUUGGUCAAAACGAUAUGUAUUUAUUUCAACAAACAAUACAAAACAUCGGCGGCGUGUUUUCAAUGGAUGGAACAUGUGCAUUUGGAGUUUGCUACACCAUGACAGGUGUAACCAGCUGGAAUGACAUCCACAAUGGAGAUAUGAAAGCAACAGAUAUCGAAGUGUACAGCGUUGCAGCUAAACCGCCGGAACCUAAUACAAAUCAGAAAUGGAGAAAAGUUCCAGAAUGGAAUAAGAAGUCGGUUCAGGAGCUUAUACAAGAAGCGCUAUCAAUCAAGCCAAAUCCGUGUCUGAAGAUUCAAGAUUAUCGCAUCGUUCUGAUUGGCCCUGUUGGUUCCGGGAAAUCCAGCUUUUGCAACACGGUCAACUCCGUGUUCAGAGGACGAAUAACACAGAGGGCAAUCUGUGGAGAAGGAACGCAUAGCAUCACCACUGCGUACAAGCCUUAUUCAAUAAAAUCCAAUCGUGAAUCGAAGCUCAAUAUACGACUGUGCGACACGAGAGGACUGGAGACUGAUUUGGGAAUGGACAUUAUGGAGUUCGCAUAUUUGUUAAAUGGUCAUAUACCAGAAAAAUACAAGUUCAAUGCAGAGCAACCGAUUGCUAUUGACGAUGCUGUUUUCAUCACGAAGCCAGGCUUACAAGACAAGAUACACUGUGUUGUGUUUGUACUUGAUGCAUCAAACCUUCACAAGCUUGACUCUAAAAUAAUGGACAAAAUCAAAAGUUUUCGAAAGGCAGCCACGCGGAUUGAAAUACCACAGGCCGUCCUCCUGACGAAAAUUGACAAAGAAGAAAAAGCAUUAGCUCAAAAAUAUGAGACGGUAUACUCAAACUCAUCUAUUGAGAAAAAGGUCAUUCAAGUCUCCGAAAUGCUCGGCUUUCCAAAGAACCAUGUAUUUCCGGUAAAGAACUACGAAAAUGAAGUGAUGCUGGAUGACGGGGUGAACCUACUGGCGCUUUUGGCGUUGAGACAGAUCCUAUAUUUUGCCGAGGACUACAUGGAAAAUCAAAGCUCUGACAACGAAGAUUUUCCCAUCAAAGACCACGAUUUUGAAGCUGGUUCAGAGUCUAUAUAAAUUUUUUUAAAUAAAAAACAACAACAAUUGAAACAGACAGGAAGUUUAAUACGCGGACAUUAAUCUUGUAUUGUUAAGUGUGACACAGUUGUAUUUUAAUUAUCAUCAUCAUGUAAAUGUAAAAUAUGUUAGAUGUGCGUUUGCUUUAUUUGUUUAAACAAUCAGAUUGUUUUGAAUAUCGACCUUUAGGAUUAUCAACCGUUUUCGGUUUUAUGUGUGUACAGAUAAAUAACUUUAGCAAAUUGAUAUGAGUGUGAAAAUAGAAUUCGUAUAUGGACUUAAAGUUGCAGAAAAAACCCGUGUAUAUAGUCAAUAAAUAAAGCGAACUUAAAAAUGAUUGACUUUAAAUAAACUGAAGCCGUUACGCCUGAAAAAUGGGUGUGGAAGAUUUUAAAGAAGAUAAGAUGAAUAUACCGAUAUUUGUCAACAAAGAAGGAUACCAUAAUAUGUUAUUAGUGACUUAUGAAUCCAGCUAACUGUAAAAUAGACCGUAACUAAGUACAGGCAGUACUACACAAUAAACAUUCUAUAUUAGGACAACACCAAUCAAAUCAGCUUUGUUUGAAACUUGAUAAGCCGUUAAAAUAAGUGAAAAUCCUUCGCAUGCCUCGACGACCAGUGAAUCAAGGAGAACUAAUACUAGUUGACUUGAUACCUCAAAAUUUGUCAUUGAUCAUCGAAAAGCUGUUCAAUUGAAAAAAUACCAAACCUUUUUCGAACAAUACAACGUUAUUACACUGUGUAAAAAUCAAUGACAACAAAACAAAUUGUCCAUCUGAAACAUAUAGAAAAAAGACUAGACGAAAUAAACCAGAAACUGGCAAAAGUCCAUACAACAGACUAAUAUACACAAGACAUGAUAAAUGAGCCGUUUUAGCUUCUUAUGGACAAAAAGUAAGGUCCGUCUUGAGCAGACAUGAAAUCCUAUAAGGAAGUUUCUUCUAAAAGGAUUUUUUUAUAGCGGAUUACCGUAAACUUGCUUCGGAAAAGCAAAGACAGUCUGAGAGCUGUGACAAAAUCGCCAACAACUAGAAGCAGAACCAUCGACGCAAAAGCAUCCUGCUAACUGACGAUUCCGGAGAGCAAUACUGGAAAACAUUCUAGUCUGGGACGUCUUAAGUCGUGAUAAUAAGGAACAAGAAGUUGCAAAUGAGCCUCCAACAAACAAAUUUAGACAUUUAUUAUCGUUUGGGGAAUUUAAAAAAUAAUGAAAAUAAAAACGUAAUCGUUAAAAUUGUACGACGUCAAAAAGUAAUAUGUCAGGCCAAGAACUUGAAAGGUUCCAUCUUGUUUUGUUUCCAAAUUAUGAUCUGACAAGGCUUAAUGCCGAUGUGUUAGUGUUGCACUUGACAGACAACAAAUAAGUCGACAUGGCGUGGUGUAUGUGCACUUUCGGAACAAUGAACAUGCAGAUCGCGUUUAGUAUGAAGAUUAUGAACAAUUGAUGAACAUGUCAUGGCAUAAGAAGACCUACACUGAAACCGUGGGUAACAAAUGCCCAUCUAAAAACAUUCCAGGACAAAAAUCAGCCUAUGAGUUCCCAUUAUACCGACCGCAAUAUUGCAUUCGCUGUUGACAUAAAACCGGUAGAUAUGUCAAUAGUUUGUAACAUUUUCAUUAUGAAAUAAAACAUUUGAGAUUCUAAAUGAUCGAAUGUACAUAGUUACUACCAUCGUACAUAUCAAAUCGAUAGAUUCGUUUACUUUUGGUUCAUUAUGAUUGUGUUUAUAUAAUUUCUUAUACAUGUACCUUUAUGAUUGCUAUAAGCCUUAGAUUAACAUACUGUUUAUUAAGAAGCACUCAUAUGCCAUGUCUAUUUAACGUUUUGAGUAAUGAGUCUAUCUCCUAUUCACCAAACAUGUUAGCAUUGUCAUAAUUAAUGAAUUGAACACUUAUUUGUUUUUAAAGUGUACUAUAAAGCGCGGCUGAAAUUUCCAGAGAAACGACCCGUACUAGUAUUAUAUGUAGUGAUUACGAUACAAUUACCUCCCUUUUUUAAUUUGCCAUGCAUUUUAAAUGUUUACAUUUGUGGAUAAUUCAUAGAAUAUCACGUUAAUUGGCAACAUAAAAUGUAUAUGUUAACAA